AGUAUAUACUGGAUAUUAUGCAACAUAAUCAUUAUUAUAAUUUGAAUGAUAGUUCAAUGUAGAGUACCAAUCGCUCUUAAAACAAAGCCUAUACUCUUCAGUCGCUGGGGAGGAAAGGUAAUAGAUGCAGAGGUCCCAUCAACUUACAUGCCUGGAGGAAUAAAUAAAAUAUGUGUUUACAAGUCCAUUAAAGACAAGACUAUUGUCACGUUCUGACCUUUAUUUCCUGUGUUUUGUAUUUAGUUAGUAUGGUCAGGGCGUGAGUUGGGUGGGCAGUCUAUGUUUGUUUUUCUAGGUUUUGGGAAUUUCUAUGUUUCGGCCUAGUAUGGUUCUCAAUCAGAGGCAGGUGUCAGUAGUUGUCUCUGAUUGAGAAUCAUACUUAGGUAGCCUGGGUUUCACUGUGUGUUUGUGGGUGAUUGUUCCUGUCUCUGUGUGUGCACCAGAUAGGACUGUUUUGAGUUUUCACAUUUCUUGUUUUUUUGUUAGUUUGUUCAUGUGUACCUUUACGCAUUAAAAAAAGAACCAUGGACAAUUACCACGCCGCGUAUUGGUCCUCUGAUCCGUUUCGCCUCUCCUCUUCGGAAGAAGAGGAGGAAAUUCAUUACAACUAUUGAAUACUUUGACAUAUUAUCUACGUGAAAGACCUAUCAUACGCACACAUUCCUAUUGGCCCAGAUUCAAAAGCCCCCGCAAUAUAGGCUCAAAUUUAAGCACUAUUAAGGUCAAUACUACCUGUGCACUUCAUAGGCUACCAGUGUCUUUUUCUGAAAACCGGGAGCAUAUAGAAGGGGGUCUAUCAAAAUAUUUCAGACCACCCAAACCGGUUUCUAAAACGAAAUAAAGUAAUUUUGAGUGUUUAAUUCAUACAACCCAUACACGGUUGAUCUGUAUCUUUACAUAGACAGUUGGGGUCCACAAACCACAAUUACCCUUUAAGCAGGUGGUUACAACGUAGUUGACACCAAAGUUUCUGUGUGCAAAUGAAAAGGUGUUGCGUUUUCAAACAUGAAAUACUUUGGUUUUCGAAGUGAAAGGCCAAACUAAAUGUGUUCUACAUGGUGAUAUUUAUUUAUGCCCAUAGUCCGAUAGAUUCACAUGUUUAUUUUUUUUUUCAUCAAAAUUAUCCUGGUUGAAAGGUCAAAAUGUCAUGAUAAAAUAGCAAAUAGCUCAAGAUGUAACAAUUAUUCGAGCGAUGCACCUGUCCUUUUGGUGCAUUUUCUCCACACGUACAACAACACUAAGGUAUGAAAGUGUAAGGGAACUUCCACCUUUCACUUUUGGAAUACCUUGCAGACUCGUUGUAUAAAGGAUCGACACAGGUUGGAGAAUGGCAGAACUUGGGUGGCAGAACUGGUAUUGUUCAGUCAGGAAGAACACUUUAUCUCUUUAUCCGUUCCGGAAAACUAACAUUUUUUGUCGGAAUUAUACGAAGUAGUCUAUCUUUCCGAAGUGCACCAACGUUGAUUGCGGACAGACCGAGAACUACAGUAGACCUACGCUAAAAUGGGUUCAAUCAGCUUUUGGAUGUGCUUGGUCAUGACGAUUUGCACCUGGAAUAAAACCAUCGGAUGCACAUGGAUGAAGACACUGCCUCGGUCUCCGAGCAUGUUCCAAGUGUUCAGCAACAACACCAUAACGAUGCUUAAGAAAAUGGGUCAUGAAGUCUCUCGAGGACCUCAGAUCACUUUCCCUGACAAACAAUACAGACAAGUCAAUAAUUUCAAGGCUGACGAACAGAUUGCCUUCAUUUCGCAUACUCUGAACGCUAUAAAUAAAUUGUAUAGCAGUGGUAAAUAUGAGUCCCCCGCCUGGGACCAGAAAGGAGUUGACAAGUUUAUGAAUGACCUCUAUCGCCAGACCUCGGAGCUGGAUCAAUGCGUAAAGGCUAUGAAAACUAGACUAUCAAAAUCUGUCAACAGAGUGAACAAAAAGAUGAGCCUUCACUUCAAGUUCCUGAAGCAUUACUUGAAACGCGAGGAUUACAGCGCAAGCGGCUGGGAAGACAUAAGGACAGUGGUGCUGGCACACCUCCAAAGACUAGACACAACAUUAAGUAGCCAAUGAGCGUUAUGUGUGUGUUGUGUACAUAUUUGUUAUUUAUAUAUCUAUUUAUCUAUUCAUAUUUCUAACUAUUUUUUUACAUGUUUACUCGUUUGUUUUUUUAACGUAUUAAUUUAUUUUGUAGUCAUGUAUUCACAACUCCGAGGAGUAAAUCAUUUUUUUCAUUCUGAAUAAUGAUGUGAUUGACUAAGGCUAUACAUAGCCUAAUGUAUCAAUGUUUCCGUGCAUUUUUUUUGUAUUCAUGAAGGCCAUUGCAGACUGUAUUUAUUAUUGC